AUGUCGUUGACCAACCUCGUGCUCAGGCUUGUCCCCCACGACGCCUCCCCGGAGCAGCUCGCGGCUCGAGCCAGCGGCUUCCUUUGCGUCCUCGUGCUGCUGCUGCUCUUCUCCACCCGCCAGCUCUUCGGCAGCUUCAUUGCGCACGUGAUCACGCUGCUGCUGCUGGGUUUGACGCUCCGCUGGCUCUACUGGAACGGCGUGGGCGUCUUGGGCUGGGACUCGCCCUACCUGCGCAACUCGGAGGCGGUAGUGCGCUCGUUGAGCAGCCACCCACAGCAGGAGGGCACUCUACGCGUGGUGUGCAUCUCGGACACGCACAGCAAGCACCGGAACCUUUCGAACGUCCCGGAGGGGGACGUUCUACUGCACUGCGGAGACUUCACGCAGCGCGGCACCCACGCCGAGAUCCGCGACUUCAAUGACUGGUUGGGCACUCUACCGCACAAGCACAAGCUCGUGAUUGCGGGCAACCACGACGUCAGCAUGGACGCGGUAGAAUACGACCAGCACUGGGACAAGGCCUUCCGCCACAAGGAGUACAACGACCCCAGCGUCUCGAGAGCGCUGCUGACCAACUGCACGUACCUGGAGAACCGCUCGGUGGUGAUCGAAGGCGUGAAGAUCUACGGGUCGCCCAUGACCCCUCCCAUCCAUGGACGGCAGGGGGCGUUCAACGUGGCCAGAGGCUUCGCGGACCAGCAGCAUUGGGCCAAGGUCCCGGCGGAUGUGGACAUGUUGGUGACCCACGGCCCACCGCAUGGGAUUCUGGACACGACGUUCACGGGGCUGCAUGUGGGGAGUGAGACGUUGCUGAAGGAGACCAUGUCCCGCAUUCGACCGAGUUUCCACAUCUUUGGACAUAUCCACGAGGCGUACGGAGCUACGCGCGUGGGGAAGACGGUGUUUGUGAAUGCUGCGAGUAGUACGCUACUUUCCAAGCCAAAGCAUGCUCCUGUAGUUGUAGACAUCCCGAUCAAAUGCUAG